AUGACUUCUGAAAUAGACCACGACAUAGAAAACGUUAAAAACUUAGCCAGGCAACUCAGUGACAAGUACAAUGUCUCCUUUAUUGGUUUCUUUCAAAAUGCUAAUCGCACAUUUGAAAGAAUGAUUAGUGCUGGUAUAGAGACGACCAUAACUCCCAAUGGUUCCUUUGAAAGCUUCGCCCUUAACAAUAUCACAAAUAGUUCAGAUUUUCAAGAUCUAUUUUCUUUUUUAAUCAACCCAUCAAGUAAAACGUCGUCGCCAAAGCAAUUUUGUUCGAAUGCUAGUAAUUCAUGGAUAUCCAGGUCUGAAGAUCCAUUCCCAAAGGAUAUCUAUAAAAUGGUUAAUAUAAACCCACACCAUAGAUUGGAUGUUAAGAAUUACCUCUAUACCUGCCUUGAAGAGUUCCAGCAAAUUCCGUGUAAAUUAUUAUCCAAGGCAUGGAUUAAGAUAGUUGAGCCAAAGAAACAAGCAAAAUACCCCUAUAAGAGUGGAGACUCCUCAAAACCUUACUGGUGGCCUGAAGAUUGUAUCCACAGAGAACCAGAUCAUUUAAAAAAAGAUGAAAGGAUCAACCUGUUAAUAAACAUCUUAAGGAUUUUCAAACAUAAAAAAUCUGAACUAAUAUAUGCUGCAUCUUUGAUACCAGGCCUUAGGCAAGGCAACAUAACCACCGAUAUAGGGAAUCAUUUUGGUGAAAGGAAAAUGAGCUUAUUAAAUGACAUGUUCCAACUGGCCAAUGCUGAAAAUGAUAGUAAUAUCAAAAGCUUGCGAGUUAUCAAACCUGGUAAGAAAUAUUCAAGUGUUUUCUACAAAAAGAACAAUAUGAAAAGCCUAGGAACAUCUUCUGACUAUUCAAGGACACAUAAUGAAACACCAAAAAGAAAAUAUGGUUCAAAAUCCUCCAACAAUUGCGAAACGCCCUUAUCUAUGGCGGUAGACCCACAGACUAAACUGGCACCGUAUCCACAUCCCCUGAACAACACGGACAACGAGUUUGGUUACCAUGAUUUAACAGAAUACAUGAUUACAUCAAGGCACGAUGAUAUAAAAAAUAUAGAUUUACAAUCGAGUGCCGGUCUUGCCUCUCCGUUUAUCCCAGAUUCAUCAACUAAGGUGAAAUACCCAAUAAACACCCAUGUAACGCCUCCUAAGUACUUUAAUAUUGGUGAUAAAAGUAACGAGGUAAAUAUAGAUACCCAAUUCUUCAACGAUAAUACAACGUUCAAUAUCACAAAAAAUAUCAAAACCAAGCCAUUAACUCCAAUAAACCCUUUCAAAAUAUACAAUCAACAGGUUUCACCCCCACCAACUGGUACUUUUUCAACCCCUAGAAACACAAACGCUUUGGGGACACUGAAUCAAUCUGCAAUGAAUUCGUUGAACCAAAAACUGCACUAUAUAACCAACACCUCACAUCUUCUUGAAUCCAAAUUGGAAGGAGAGAAAGAGAUACCUGUUUCUAGAAAAAUUAGAACUUUCAAAAUUGUUCACGACAAGUUAUCAAGAGGCGGUUGUGAUCAUGAUGAAACUGACGUCGAAAUUGAGUAG